CAACUGACAACUGUCAAGCUGUUUACAUAUAGCAAGUUUGUUUACACCACACUAUUUUUCCUAUAAAUCAAUAAAUAAACUAAUAUUUCACAUAUAUAGCCUGUGUGAAUUUAAUGUUUUUCGGUCUAAUUAAUCUGAAGUUACGUCCGACAACUGUGGGCAAAUUCAUUUGCUUCGCUUUGGUAUUGGUUUCUUGGUACUCGGCCAUUCGAUUAAGUAAAUUUUUACAAAAUGCCAUUCACGGCUGACGCUAUAGCCGCCCAGCAGGUGCAAGAGAGGCUCAAGUCAUUGUUCGGGAGCAUUCACGACAUCGAGAAGAAAAGAGGUUCAUGCGAGCAAAGCAUUGCCAACUUGCAAAAGUAUAGCGCUGAAGAAAAAGGCCAAAACUCCCAGAAAUCUAAGUCACUUAUAAAAGCUGCCAUGGUCCACACAGAUGCCGAAAGGGAAGCGAUACAAAAAGCUUUACAAAAAAUUUACGAAAUCAGGCAAAUUAAAAAUGAAAGAAGGAUCCAGGCCCGAACUUCUGCGGCCAAUAAAGAAUCCAUAAGGAGAGGCACCUGGAUGAAAAUGCUACAAACCUCCGCUCAGACUUUACCGCUGUUUGUCGGUAAAGUUGGUGAGAAAGUUCCCCCAUUAUGUGGGGCAGUGCCACAAGACAAGAACUAUGUCGGAAAGGUAGGCGAUAUGGUGGCAGCCCUAGUAAAAGGGAGAGAAGAAGAGAUGUGGAUUUUGGCAGAAAUUGUCAGUUACAAUACGAGAACCUCGAAAUACAAAGUGGACGAUAUUUUGAAGGAGCAAAAUCAGAAAGACAGACACACUUUGAGCAAGAGAAGGGUUAUUCCUUUACCGUUAAUGAGGGCUAGUCCGGAGACUAAUCCGGAGGCCCUAUUUCAAAAAGGGACUUUAGUGAUGGCCCUAUUUCCACAAACCACUUGCUUCUACAAAGCCCUUAUAAAUAAACCACCACAAACACAUGUAGAUGACUACGAAUUACUCUUUGAGGAUCCCUCUUAUCCUGAGGGAUUUAGUCCACCGUUGAAUGUGGCCCAAAGGUAUGUCAUACAGUGCAAGGAGGAGAAAGGAAGCUCCAGUUCGGUCCAGGAGGAUAGUGACUCGGAUAGCUAAGUUUCAUGUGCAUAAAUAUACCUAUUUAUAUUUAUAAUGGGUGUGUUAGUACUUAGGUUUAUUUUUUUGUUAUUAAAAUAAGGUUUUUUCUGAGAA